GAGUUCGCGGUUACCUUCCACCGCCAUUUCGGUCCUUUCUCUCGCGGGAUCUUUCAACUGCGUAACUGCCUCCUUGCAGCCAGGUCCGACCGCGACUUCCUGCCUAAUCCGUCUCCUGCCCACACUUUCCGCGGUCGCUUUUCACUGCGCCAUUCCGUGAUCGCCUGCGCUCUACGGGCGGGGCUCCAUGCAAUCCAGCCGCCCAACCCAGCGUCUUUUCAAGACCUUGCAGCUUAUUAGAUAGGGGGGAAGGGGGCAGGAGGGUUACAUUUUGGGAAUGGAUGGGUCUCGGAGGCAGUAAUAUUCGGUAUACACCUCAAUUUGAUUUUUUUUGUCCUGUUAUCUCGCUUGUGGUCUGACUUCGUCUCCAACGUCCUCCUGCCUAUGGAUUCUAACGCCCCUCUCAUGACGCACACUGAUCUCUGGGAGGCUUAUAACCAGGCCAAAGCUAGCCAGCAAGUUGCCGACGCCUGCCUGGCGGAAUGUGUCGCUGCUCUGGACGAGUUCAAUCUUCGGAGAAAACCUCGAGCGGGUUCUGCGACGGAGAAGAGUUUUUUGGCGGAGCAGGUGGCUAAAACAGUGGCUAAAACGAAUGCUGAAGAGGUGUGCAGUGCAGCCAAGCAGGCCGUCGAGCUGUUAGCAUCUGCAUUCCUCCCCAAUUUGCCUGCUCCGCCUCCCCUCCCUUCUGCACCGGGCACGCCCUUAGAUUUCUCCAGCGGCGCUGUGCAGUCUCCCGCUCUUGUUCAGCCCACACCGCAUAGCUCGGAUCGGCAGGAAGACGGGUGGUACGAUGCCAAUUUCAAGGGCGUCAUGGAGAACUUGAACCGCGCCGCUGUGAACGAUCCGAAGGGAGAUUCCGAUGGAGACCAACCCAUGCUGGAUGGUCCGAGCCCCAGAUCCAAUGCGGCAAGUCUGUUGGAUGAGGAGAACCUUCUGAUCGAAAAUUACUCUGCCGAUGCCACCCAAACUCCAAGCCUCUCGGCUGAAGCAGAGGCUCGUCGCAGAGUAAUUGAGGCAGAGAUAUCUGAGGCCAAAAGACUUCUAUCUGCACAUGCCAAGCUCGAUCUAGGCCCCAAGCGUGCAAAGGAGGACUACUGGUACCUCCAGGACGAGUCUGAUGAUGAGAUGGAUAUCGACGGUGACCAAGACUUGGCCGCGGAGGACGGGGAUGAUGAUGAGCCCGAGAAGCAGACCAACGAGAACCUGACUGCAAAGUUGAAACGGGUCGCUGACAACCAGAAGUUCUUGGAUGAACUGCACAGAUCGAUAGUUACCUUUGUCAAAAAGGCUCAGAGGUUCUUGGACAACUCGCAAAUUGAGACAACCGAGCUCGGUGAACAGCUGCAGCAGAAGAUCUCGGAAGUGCAAAGCGUGCUGGAAGACAUUACAAAUGCACAACUUGAGCUAGCCGCCAUCGUGAAGGCCUUGGAGAACAAGCCCAAGCCUAAGAAGGUUCCCAAAGCAGACAGCAACGUGUUGUGGUACUACUCAUUCAAGCCCGAGGCGAGAUUCUUGACAUACUACUUCAAGAAAAGUCCGGCCCAUUGGCGACGGAAAACGACCGAAUCUGCUCGUUCCGAGAUGAAGAGAUAUCUCGGAAAUGAACUCGAGGAGAUCCAGCCCCGCUUUCGCAGGCUCAUGCGUAUGAUAUGCCUGUUUAUCCCUGAGUCCGCGACCACCUCUGAGAGGCUUGCCCUCCACGUGCUAGAGGCGAAGCCAAUUCCGAAGAGCGACGACACCACCAAGAAGCCUCGCACCAAGUCAAAAAAAGUAGUCAAGGCCGACACUCCUCCGCAGUGUCACUCCUGCCAGGCGCAUCGAGACAAGCGAGGAACGAAGGAUGCCAACGCCGUCGAUGGGGAUGGUUCCUUGCGCACACAUCGGAUUGUUGGUGUACCUUACCCAGCAGAUCCAAUGCGGGAUGUACACAACAGUGCGUACAUGACAUGUGGCUGCAGCAAGGAGGAUGCGCUCCUAGCAUUCUACUGGUGGAAGGUACUGAAGAUUGGUUCAACGGGUUUGUCGGUGCCCUUUGAAUUCUUGGAGCCGAUGGACGAUACACUUUCCACACGCACUCGUACGCUCUUCACUCAGUAUUUUGCAGACAUGUCUCUCCUCCGAGUUGCCGACCUCUAUCUAGCAAAAGGCGAUGGUUCUGUCGGGUCUAAUGCCUACUUCAUUCGUUUGCAUAAGCUCCAGCUUCAGCGUCUGGCCGACAAGACAAACACCCUACAGCUCGCGGAAAACAAUGGUGUCGUUGAGGGAUUGAAGGAGAUUGUUGUUGCCUCGAGACCCGCUGGUGAGAAGCUGAAAUCUGGGGAAGAGGAGUGGGUGAUGGUCAGACGCAAGAUUGGAGAGGAGCCUGAUGAGGAGCGAAGGGUUUCCAAGCGCAAGAAGCCUGUGUCCCGGAUCAACUAGAUUACUAGUCCAAUGCGUAUGAUCAUUACUGUACAGAGUGCUUUUCUGACGCAAAAUAUAAGUGGUAUCUUAUGGAAAUGAA